AUGGACCUGUACCAGUCACCAGCCAGUGCUCUGGACAAACUGGUGGCCCACAACCUGCAACCAUCCCUGAGUUCACAGCAGCAGUGCGGGACGCUCUGGGGUCCCUGGACACUGCCCUAUGGAAGCAGGGAGCCCCAGGCAGGCGCUACUGCACACAGCAUCAGCCGCCGGGCUGUGCAGAGGUUUGGAAAUGCCUUCGACUGCUACUCCAAGAAUAAUAUCUCUACGACAAACAUUCAUCCAUGGCCGGUGUACAAAAUAUUUGGCUGCAUGUGUCGCACACCCAACUUCAGCCCCCAUGUGGAUGCUACAGCCAGGUGCUGCAAGAAUCAUGAAAGGUGCUAUGAAGAGGUGAAGAAGCUUGGAGGCUGUAAAAUUUCCGAAGACAACCCCUAUGCCAUCCCCUACUCAUACUCCUGCUCUGGGAGGAACCUCAUCUGCAAUGAUGAAAACAACGCCUGUGAGGCCGCCAUCUGCAACUGUGACCACAAGGCUGCCAGCUGCAUCUUAUGGGCAUUUUCCAACACGAUGUUUGAAGAAGUUGGCUUCAACACCUUCUGUUAG